CCAGUUACUCCUACCUAGCUGUCAGAUAAAGCUCAUCCUGGAAAGAUGCUGUCCCAGAGCUUUCUACCUGUUGUGGUGAUACUUGUCUUCUUCUGGAAGAACAUGAGCUCUCUGCUUCAUGGCAUGAAGAUGUUCUACUCUAGGUGCUGGUUACUUUCUGCGCCUAAAGUCCUUUCUGUCCCAAGCAGACAGGUCCAGGAUCCAGAGAGGGUUAUACCCACCAGUGUCAACUACCACUUCACCAGGCAGUGCAACUACAAGUGCGGAUUCUGCUUCCACACCGCCAAGACAUCCUUCGUCUUACCAAUAGAAGAAGCCAAGAAAGGACUAGCCAUGCUCAAGGCUGCAGGUAUGGAGAAGAUUAACUUUUCUGGAGGGGAACCAUUCUUGCAGGACAGAGGGAACUUUGUAGGAAAGCUGGUGGAGUAUUGCAAGAAAGAGCUGAGGUUGCCCAGUGUCAGCAUUGUGAGCAAUGGCAGUCUGAUCACAGAAAAGUGGUUUCAGAUUUAUGGAGAACACCUGGAUAUCCUUGCCGUGUCCUGCGACAGCUUUGUUGAAGAAGUGAACAAGCUCAUUGGUCGGGGACAGGGAAAGAAAAACCAUGUGGAAAAGCUGAUGAAGAUAAGAAAAUGGUGCCGGGAUUAUAACGUGGCUUUCAAAAUAAAUUCCGUCAUCAACCAUUACAAUAAGGAUGAGGACAUGACAAAGGAGAUUGAGAUGAUCAGCCCAAUACGCUGGAAGGUAUUCCAGUGUCUCAUUAUUGAUGGGGAGAAUUGUGGUGAUGAUGCAUUAAGACAAGCUGAAACAUUUGUCAUCAGUGAUGAAGAGUUCAGAGGUUUUCUGGAUCAUCAUAAGAACAUUAAAUGUUUGGUUCCAGAAUCUAAUCAGCAGAUGCGGGAUUCUUAUCUUAUACUGGAUGAAUAUAUGCGUUUUCUCGACUGCAGAAAUGGACGAAAAGAUCCUUCCAGAUCCAUCUUGGAUGUUGGUGUUGAAAAUGGCAUCAAGUUUAGCGGUUUUGAUGAAAAAAUGUUCCUUAAACGAGGUGGGAAGUACGUGUGGAGCAAAGCAGACUUGAAGUUGGACUGGUGAUGACAUUAUAUGGUCAUGUGAUGGACUUUACUUACAAAUAUUGUAUGCAAGAAGCACUUUUACUGCAAGAUUGUAAUAACCAUUCCAAACCUCACUUCCGUGACAUCCAGGACAUAUUUGCCAUGCUCAGAAAAUACUACGAACAGUCCUCCCACUUAAUUAGCUUCACACCAGCAUGAACUGAUGUAAAAGUAUGUAGAUAACUAAAUUUACAAUAUUUUUUUUUACUUUUUUUGGCUUAUGUAAGAGAGGUAAAGCUCAGAAAGCUUGUAAGAAGUGAAGUUUAAUGAAUUCUACUAAAAGCUGGAUUACGUAAUUGCUUUUUGUCUUUAAAAAUUUGUCUUUGCGGCUUGGGUAUAAAACAGUCCUAAGAUGACAAUAACCUAUACCAAUGCCUGAGACAAACUUCUAAAGCUGUCCAAGACAUGUUUCAUGGGAUGUGACUAUUCCAAGAGUAUUUGUUGUAUCCUAUGACCAUGUGCUUUGUUUUUAUGUAGCAGCGGAUCAGAUUGUCUCCAAUUACCCACCUUAGGGUUUGUAAAAUUGGGCACUGGAUGCUAUCUUCAAGCAAUGUGUUUACGAGGUGCAAACUCUCUUUGAUAUUUGGAGUGAAAUCAUGUCCUACUUUAACCUCACUUCACUCCAUCCCUCUGGCUGGCCAAAAAAGAGGUUACCACCAUUUGGCAUAGGAAAAACUCUGAAGCCCUGUACACACGGCCAGGAAUCCCGUCUGUUUAAAAAACUUCAGUUUUCCCGAAGGGAUUCCUACCAAGCUUGCCUUGAAAAGCCAUGUAUACACACGGCCACACAAAAGACCUGCCGUUCUUUUGAAUGGCAA